AAAUCGUCUUCCUAUGUCGUAAACAGUAACCGAUUUCCGGCGACAUUUCUCUGCUACAAGCUAAGUCGUUUUCAUCAGCGACAUGGCCUCGGCUCCAGCACAACAACCCACUCUGACUGUAGAGCAGACCAGAGUGGUGCUGAGUGAAGUGAUCCAGGCCUUCUCUGUACCAGAAAACGCCGCUCGGAUGGAGGAGGCACGAGAGAGCGCCUGUAACGACAUGGGCAAGAUGCUUCAGCUGGUGCUUCCUGUGGCUACACAGAUUCAGCAGGAAGUCAUCAAGGCUUAUGGGUUCAACAAUGAAGGGGAAGGAGUCCUCAAAUUUGCCCGACUGGUAAAGAUGUAUGAAACCCAGGACCCUGAAAUUGCAGCCAUGUCAGUGAAACUUAAGGCUCUCCUCCUGCCACCUUUGUCAACUCCACCUAUAGGGGGCGCCAUUCCCAGUUCAUAGGAACUUAUAGGUAUAUAUAGUUAACUGAAUUGGUUAUUUUUUAAAAGUACUUUGAGUUCAUGUGCUCCUUCCUCUCCAGAGAUAUUAGGAAACCGUAGACCAGGGGUGGCCAACCAGUCAAGAGCCACAAUUUUUACCAUGUUACAAAGAGCCACAUGAUAUACAUGGGCACAUAUGAACUGCCCCAUCGUUUUUUUUAAAAAAAACCCAAACCCACUCUUUUAAAACUUCAUGUGUACAUCUUUUUAUCAGUGUGAAUUGGGUUUUCCCCAAGUAAUUUGCGUCAAUGUCUGCCGUAGACUAUGGCUUUACAGCAAACACAGUUUCCAUCAUGGUUUUAUUUAAAUCAAAACAUGUAAAUAUCACUAUCGCUAUAAUAUUAACAUUUUCUGUUCUGUAUUUAUUUUUAUGUUACACACCAACCUUUAGCUGUUACUUAUUCUGCAACAUUUAUUUGACUGCCAUGUUUUAACAUUUUCGUAACAUUUUUUAAAUUCUGUCAAAAAUAUUUGUUAUACUGAGGUCCAAAUAUGUAUAUGUACUAUAUGACAAUAAACUAUUUGUGAAUGUGUGAUACUAAAUAUGUAAGAAAAAAAAGGGAACUUAACUACACAUUACUUUAUUAUUGCAACACAGCUUUGGCAGAGACAUUUGUACAUGUUCCAUUUUUAAAAAAUACUACAGCAAAUACACACAUUUACAUAUGUACAUUUCCUAUAAGGAAACUAUUCUGUUGACUCAUUACAUUAACAGAAAUACUGCUGUUUUUGUUCUUUUUGCUGCAUGCAAAAAUGACAACACUAUGUCAAGAUCAUUAAAUUAAAAGUUUCUGUCCAGAUAAAUUAAACAUCAGUGCUUUAAAUAUUAUUCACCUAAACAUACUACAUACAAUACUUUAAUACAUUAUUUGUAAAGUGCUCAGUAGAAAAUCCAAAA